GACAAUACGGUAUGUAUAUAUCAGCAGGUUGUGGUGAGCGGGCCCACAUUCCGCACGGUACAGCAGCCAGAAGGUACUUCUGGAUCUUGCUGAUGAGGCUCGACCAUGGACUCGGGGGAUGCAUUCUUCUCGGACAAUGGCGAGAACUACACUCUGAGGGAAUUCUAUGAUAAACACCAGGACGACCUGCCCAAACUGAUCCUAAUUACUCAGGGUCAGUGUGGCCUGACGGACAUGGAGACAGUCCCGGCCUAUCAGGUCAUCCGAUGUCACAGGUUCAGUCGACAGACACGAGUGAUGGCGAAGGCCAAAAAGAAGGUUACAGUCAGCAUACCUGUCGAUUCUCAACACCUGUUCAAACUGAACCAAGAAUACACACCUGGGGAUAAACAAAGCCUUCGAGAUAUAUUGAGGGACAAUGCUCUACCGGUAGAAGUAGAAUUCGCCGUCGACGACGACAAGUCGCUUGCUCUGAACGGAGAGAAGACCGACGUCCCUGACCUUGGUCCACUACAGCUCACGGAUGUUUAUGAUGUUACAUAUCUCGUGGGGCAUGGCGUCAAUGAAACCCAGCUUGACGACACGCCUUUUGUGGUCCCCCUGUAUCUGAACGAUGUCCUCUUGUGUACCGUUAGUGGCGUUAAGGGAAAGCCUGCAGGGUACUUCACAAAUCUCAUGGCCUUCUUUGACUCACGGAUGGCCGCCAUGGAACUUGACACAGUGGCACAUGAAGAUAUUGCCGUGUACGCCAACGAAUCAGUAACGGCAUCAGGAACCCCGUACGAAUACCUCGAACCUUACGACUAUGUCAAACUGAAGAUGAAGAGAGUGAAGGCAUGUGCUGGAUCAUCGACAGGAGAAAACCCACAGACAAAGGCUGAUGAUGAAGUAUACGAGGACGUAGCCGUACCAAGCGAAGACGGAGAAUGGUAUGCUUCAGUUGCAGAGUCUCAUGAUGAAGAUGACUGUGUGAACACGAAAGAGAGGUCACCCAAGACAGGACUACUGAGACAGGCUAAGGGACAUUUUAUCACGCUCAGGAAAAAGAUCAUCCCCAAGCGUGCCUCUAUACACGUGGACACUGUAAGCAGUGACAAGAAGGGGGUACCCCGGUCCUGGCAUUGGCCUUUAGCACGGGGGACCCAAGCUAACCUAUACACCAGGUUGCAACAAAAACGGAAGUCUUGGACUUCCAGCUGGCAGACUCAAGCUCAGAGCCAGGUUCAAGAUCAGACUGAAACUGAUUGUGAUAGCCCUCAUGCCUUGGUAGGCAGAACUGAUCCUAAUACUCUUCCUACAAGGGAUCUGAGCAUUGAUGAACUUGCCUUGAAAAUGGAAGAUUUACACUUAAGUAAAUACGUGUCUUUAUUCAAAGAGAAUCAGAUUGAUGGUCACAUUGCUGUCACUCUUACUGACCAUGUGUUAAAGAAGGAGUUCCAUUUUUCGGCCAUUGAAGCAAUUAAAUUUCAGCAUUUCCUCAGAACUGGUCACAUUCCAAAAUGAAAGAAAUGUUCGUAAAUGUG